CGGACCUGUGCGCGAAAGCGUCUUGAGACCAGCUACAGGCAGGUAGCUAGCUGCUUGCUCGCCCGCCCGCCGCCCCCUACACGGACGCUCACCACCGACCAUGGAUUUCCUCAAGUCCGCCGUCCAAUCUGCAAUCGCGAAGGGCAGCUCAUUCCCUUACUCUCUCGGGGACAGGGUCGACAUCUCCGACUCGAUAUGGACGCUUCAUAAUGCGACGAAACGGGAAGACAGUUCGACAUGCAGUAUCUUUACCUUCGAUGUCGCUUCCAACAAAUCCCGCCUCCCAUUGGCGAAAAACGCCGUGCGCAAGUCCCGGACUUUGAGGCAUCCGGGCGUGAUCAAGGUUUUGGACACGAUUGAGACAGAGGCCAACAUCUACAUUGUCACCGAACGAGUCGUCCCCCUCUCUUGGCAUGUGAAGCGGAGGAGUCUGAGCGAGGAAACGUCGAAAUGGGGCUUAUACACUGUGGCGUCAACGUUGAAGUUUAUCAACGGAGAUGCGUCCUCCGUGCACGGUAUCGUCAGAGCUUCCUCGGUGUUUACCAGUGAAAGCGGAGAGUGGAAGCUGGGCGGAUUCGACGUCUUGAGCUCGAUGAAUGACGAUAAUGCGGUCAUCUAUACAUACGGUAGUCUUGUACCCGACUCUGCGCGAUACACGCCUCCCGAGGUCGCCAAGGGCGGAUGGGAGGCCAUCAAACGUCACCCGCUGACGGCUAUCGACUCCUACGGACUGGGGAUACUAGUUUACGAGGUAUUCAACGGCAACUUCACUGGUGGCGAGCAGGUGGGCAAAACGACCAACAUCCCACACGGCAUGCAACAAAGCUACAAGCGCCUUUGCACGGCCAACCCCAAACUCCGGUUGAGCCCUGCGCAUUUUGUGGAACAGGGCAAGAAGAGUGGUGGUUUCUUCCAGACCACGCUCAUCCGGUUGACAGACGAUAUAGAGAGCCUGGGGCUGAAGAACGAUGCCGAACGGGAUGAAUUCGUCAAUGAGCUUGAUGGGCUGUCUGAGGACUUCCCCGAAGAGUUCUUCAAGAUGAAGGUGCUCCCGGAGCUGUUGAAAUCCGUUGAGUUUGGCGGAGGUGGUCCCAAGGUCUUAUCGGCCAUUCUCAAGAUUGGGGCAAAGCUGUCCCCAGACGAGUUCAAUUCGAGACUUACCCCCGUUGUGGUCCGGCUGUUUGGAAACCCGGAUCGAGCGCUCCGUGUCUGUCUGCUAGACAAUCUCCCGGUGAUGAUCGACAACCUACCCCAGAAGAUCGUCAACGACAAAAUAUUCCCUCAGAUUACUUCUGGCUUCACUGAUGCGGCGCCCGUUGUUCGAGAGCAGACGGUCAAGGCGGUCUUGCCGAUUAUCAACAAGCUUAGCGACCGGGUUAUCAACGGCGACCUGCUCAAGUUCCUCGCACGGACUGCCAACGAUGAGCAGCCUGGGAUCCGUACGAAUACCACUAUCUGCCUGGGCAGAAUAGCGAAGAACCUUGGACAAGGCUCAAGGACGAAAGUCCUCAUCGCCGCGUUUACAAGGUCGCUUCGGGAUCCGUUUGUACACGCUCGAAAUGCUGGUCUGCUGGCCCUAGCCGCAACGAUCGAGUUCUUCACCGAGGAGGACUGUGCAAGCAAGGUCCUGCCAGCCAUUUGCCCCUCCCUUCUUGAUAAGGAAAAGAUGGUGAGAGACCAGGCAAACAAGACACUCGACCUGUAUCUCCAGCGUGUACGGAAGUUCGGCAACACCAUGGCAGACACGGUGAUUCCGCCAUCGGCCAGUGCAGACCCCGUGAAGGAUACAGCUCGCAUCGGCACAUCUAGCGAUAAGUCCUGGGCAGGAUGGGCCAUCUCAUCGUUCACCAAUAAGCUCACGGCAGCCAACGGAGAGAUCGAGCCCACUGCCAACGGCGCCACGCCUGCUGAGGUGGAACCUCCGCGUCCAGCGUCUGUGCCUGGCCCGGCAAAACCAUCAUCGCCUUCGGUGCAGAAGGACAUUCUACGUCCUGCGAUCCAGCCUCUGAACCGGUCCUUCUCGGAGCAGCCAGCGGCAUCUCCGGCGGCGGAUGAGAUCGAGGAGGAUGUUUACGACGCAUGGGGCGGGAUGGACGACGACGAUGAAGACGCGCAGGAGAAGGAGGAUGAUCCGUUUAGUGCGGCAGUGGCCAGCCCUAAGAUUUCAGCUCCGGCCCCCAAGCCAGCCAAGCCAGCCAAGCCAGCCGCGGUCCCGUAUGACGACGGCGGAGAGCCGGACUUUGCGGGAUGGCUCGCCGCACAAUCCAAGACCAAGAAGCCGUUGCCCAAGGGGCUGAACAAGACCAGCCCUGCGGUCGUGUCCCGAACAUCCAGUCGCAGCAGUAGUACGGUCAAGCCCAGGACCGUGAUCGCUCCGGCGAAGAAGAUCGACACGAAACCCAAGCAAGAAGAGGAGGACGACGGUUGGGGAGACGCAUGGGAUUAGCCGGGAGCUAUCCGAGUUGAUAAUAGGCAGCAUAUACUUCAUUCGCUGUUUUCUGGGAUUUCUUCCAUCUCAUCUGGACAUCUUUUUUUGGGGGGGGGGGAAUUGGAGGCAGGAGUUUGGGCGCCGGUCGUUGUUGCUGAUUGAAUUUG